CUCUAUUCUAUAGCCUAGCUGUUUAAAAAAAGUUAUCAGCAGUUUAAAAAAAAUGAAGCAUGACUUCAUUUUUAUUUCUAUAGACAGUAGGCUAGUCCAGUUUAUUUGGCAAAAUAGUCCACAUUUUCUGUUAAAAGAAAAUCGUGAUACGAUCCACAUAGUUUAGUGCGCAAGUUUAAAUUGUUCUGAAACCUUUGUCUAAAGAAAUUGGUGUGUGUACAAACUUGGCGUAGCCCGUAUUUUCAAUUUGGGAUGUUUUAAGCGUGGACAUAUUAUUACCCCAAAGUAUGUGUUUUAAAUAAAGAAUUUCAACUGUAGACUGCACUGUGCAGCUUGCCUCGUAAACCUGAUCCCAGUAGCCGGCGAUACAACAAGUCUGCGGUGGGAGACUUCUAUGCAAUAGGUUCCUAUCACCACCCCGCUCACACUUCACAAUGGUGUGAUGGACAUUCCUGUCGUGUGCACGCCCACACGGGCUGUGCCCUCUAAAGUGUAUGAGGCAUGGUCUAAGUGUGUUUUUAUGUCUUCAACAUUGUUAAAUGGAAUGGCAUUUUCUGCAUUGUUUAACCAACUUAACUCGUAUAGAAAAUGGAAUAUUCCUUGACCUAAAUAACACCAGACAGAAAUACAUGCAGAGGGUUUUUCACUUUUCUGACAAAAGACAGUGGCUGGUCAAAUGAGGAAGUGUACCGAAGCCACAGUAGCACAUAUCCUCUGUAUUUGUCUUCUUCUGUCUGCAGCCAUUUCCUGGCUGUCAUAUAAAUAACCAGGCAAGAUCAGCCUCAACACUUGUGACAGCCAGAGCCCGAGACCCGAAGGACCCAACAGGGUUGUUUUCUUAUCACAGAUAUCUUGCUUUAUGGUCUAAUGCAUUGCCCAUAUCAUCCAACAACAGUACAACCAAACGCUACGGUUCACAAUCAGACGUCCAUUAUAUAAACGCAACAUGUAAAGUGUUGGUCCCAUGUUUCCCGAGCUGAAAUAAAAGAUCCCAGAAAUGUUCCACAUGCACAAAAAGCUUAUUUCUCUCAACCCAGACCACGUGUAACCACGUCAGCCCAGGACCUCCACAUCCGGCUUCUUCACCUGCGGUGUAGUCUGAGGGGGUGCUGAGGAUUAAUUCUGUCUGUAAGAAAGCUCUUUUGUGGGGGAAAACUCAUUCUGAUUGGCUGGGCCUGGCUCCCAAGUGGGUGGGCCAAUGCCCUCCCAGGCCCACCCAUGGCUGUGCCCUUGCCGAGUCAUGUGAAAUCCAUAGAUCAGGGUCUAAUGAGUUUAUUUAAAUAUACUGAUUUCCUUCUAUGAAUUGUAACUCAGUAAAAUCUGUGAAAUUGUUGCAUGUUGCGUUUCUAUUUUUGUUCAGUAUAGUUUCUGAGCUAGUUUCCAUUUGGGGUAAAUUAAAUACAAGACUAAGACAAAUGAAUGGUGUGCCUUUAAGCUGUUAGUUGGCCAGAAAGAAAAACGGAUCAAUAUUUUUUAUAGGGAUCCGAAGUUUGAGGAAACAGCAAAGGAAGAAAAACACCUCACACUCUGAUAAAAAUCUAUUUGAAUUUUGACUGGAAUAGUUCAUAACAAAUAAAUGUUUUCCCUCCCUCAGUUUUAGUGACUCACUGGUUUGAGAUGAAACGAUAGGCCUACUGUGUUAAUUAUAUUAUUUUGUAGCUCUUGAUAUAAGACGAUAUCUGUAACUUAUAACUGAAAUGAUUGGUGAAUUCUCCUGGACACUGAGCAUUGGAGUGUCAUGGGAGUGUCAUUGGAGUGAGUAAAUGUGUUUUGACACAGGAAAUCAUGUGUUGCCCCUGAUAUCAGUGAACCAGCUGUACAACCCAGUUUCCUGCCGGUAGGAUACAAACCGAGGCUUGUAUCGUAUGUCUAUGGUAUUAAUGUACUGUACAUAGAAAAGCAUGUACAGAUCUAAGAUUCUUACCUUCACAGUAUUGUUGUUAUACUCAACCACUGCUGCUCCAAACUCCACGCACAUGUGUGUGUGUGUGUGUGUGUGCGUGUGUGUCUGUGAGAAAGAGUGUGUGUGAGAGAGAGAGAGAAAGAUACUGAUUUACAACCACUGCUGGUUGUGUAUAUAUAAAAACCCACUCUCUUCUAUUUUGAGAUGUAACUUAAUUUUCAAUCCCCGCUGAAUCAAGUGGUGUUGUAGUGUAGUACAGUAAAGACCUCAACUCCCCUGAGCUAUCAUGUCUAACUGAUCCCAGCUGUUGAGACAGAAAGAGCCUAACUCAAAUAUCCGUGGUUAGUGCCUACAGGCUUGUUUCUCAGAUAUGUGUACAUGGUCUGAAUAUGAAACCCUUUUUAAUUUCCAAGCCGAACAAAUCAGGACUUAAAUCAGGACUUGACCAUGUACAAACACUGUUAAUGUUUGUGAAUAUAUAAACGUUAAAUUAGCGAGUGAGGUUUGAUCUGUGUUCGGUUGCAGUGCUGUUAAUGUUAAGGCAAAUAAAUAGGCACAGUUGAAUCCUGAUCAGUGCACUUUGAUGAAUUAUCAACUCUGUUGUGCACAUAGACCCAAGCCAUUACAUUUACCAGGGCUUCUCAGCUACUGUAUGUAUUAAUAAGUCAUUUGUGUUUAUGAACAGUGGUCAUGUGUACAGUAGGUCUCACACACACAGCCACACUGUCAAUGUUUAUCUAUGUUUGAUUUUGUUUCUUGAUAAUCAUCUGGGUUACGUUUCUCGCCACUCAUUCCUUCGUGGCCAUUUUGUUGGAAUAUUGAAAUGAUGAAUAGCAAGCUUUGCUCAAAAUUCUGUGCCCACUGUGGUUUUAACCAAUGGAAAAAAAGUUCACUUCUGUGUCUUUCCCAACAGACAACAUGGGUUGUAAAAAAUCCAAGCUAAAUGACGGUCUGAAUGGAGGUGUGCUUGAUGGCAAGAACCAACGGCCAGUACGUCCUGACCAAACUGUAUAUGUGAGAGAUCCCACCUCCAGUAAACCAAAUGCUACAAGUAACUCACCUCCUGGAGGUCUCCUGCCUGGUCAGGUAUUCAUGAAAAUGGAAGAGCAAUCUGAGUCUGGUAAAAUAGUUAUUGCACUAUACCCAUAUGAUGCAAAACACAAAGACGAUUUGGGAUUCAAGAAGGGGGAAAGGCUUAAGGUUCUUGAAGAGCAUGGUGAAUGGUGGAAGGCUCAGUCUCUGACCUCUAAGAAAGAAGGGUUCAUACCCUCCAAUUAUGUUGCUGAGGCCAAUACCAUGGAGACAGAGGAAUGGUUUUUCAAGGAUAUUACAAGGAAGGACGCAGAGAGACAACUUUUGGCGCCUGCAAACAAAGCAGGAUCUUACCUCAUUCGCGAGAGUGAGACAUCAAAGGGAAGUUAUUCCAUGUCUAUCAGAGAUGUGGAUCCCCAAGGGACCGACGCUGUGAAACAUUAUAAGAUCCGGAUGCUGGAUAACGGAGGCUUCUACAUCUCUCCUAAAAUCACAUUCCCUGAUAUUGGCAGCAUGAUAAAACAUUAUCACAAACAAUCAGAUGGUCUCUGUCGAAAGCUGGAGAAGGCCUGUGAUAAACCCAAAGCUCAGAAGCCAUGGGACAAAGAUGCCUGGGAGAUCUCCAAGGAGUCCAUCAAGAUGGUGAAGAAACUAGGAGCCGGACAAUUUGGUGAAGUGUGGAUGGCGUUCUACAACAACACGACCAAGGUGGCAGUGAAGACACUGAAGCCAGGCACCAUGUCAGCUGAGGCCUUCAUGGAGGAGGCUAACCUGAUGAAGACCCUGCAACACGACAGACUGGUGCGCCUCUACGCCGUCGUCACCAAGGUCGAGCCCAUCUACAUCAUCACAGAGUACAUGUCCAAUGGUAGCCUCUUAGAUUUCCUAAAAAGUGAGGUAGGCUGCAAAGUUCAGCUACCUAAGCUCAUCGAUUUCUCUGCACAGAUUGCGGAGGGAAUGGCUUACAUUGAGAAGAAGAACUACAUCCACCGUGACCUGAGAACAGCCAAUGUCCUGGUGUCUGAGAGUUUGCUGUGUAAAAUAGCUGACUUUGGCCUUGCUAGAGUUAUAGAAGAUGACCAGUACACAGCCAGAGAGGGUGCAAAGUUUCCCAUCAAGUGGACAGCACCAGAGGCCAUCAACUAUGGAUCCUUCACUAUCAAGUCAGACAUGUGGUCCUUUGGAGUCCUCCUGUAUGAAAUCAUUACCUAUGGAAAAAUACCUUAUCCAGGGAUGAGUAAUGGUGAGGUGAUGACUUCAGUGCAGAGAGGUUAUAGAAUGCCCCGCCCUGAGAACUGUCCCAAUGAGCUCUAUGACAUCAUGACCAGUUGUUGGAAGAGCAAGCCAGAUGACAGGCCUACAUUUGACUACAUCCAGAGUGUCCUAGAUGACUUUUACACCGCCACAGAGGGCCAGUACCAACAGCAGCCCUAGGAAGUCAAUGUUUGAGUCCCAAUAGGGCUCUGGCCAAAAGUAGUGCACUAUGUAGGGGAUAGGGUGUCCUUUGGGAUGUACAUACAUCUGCCAAUGUGCUAGUUUCAUUAUGAAAUUGUCAAUCCACCAGCAACAAUAUCAGCUAUUCAGCGGAAGUAGAGAUAUUGUCGGACAAGUUGACUGCUUGCUUAUUUUUUAGGCAAGCCAAAGAUGAAUCUAUGAACUCAACUUCAUAUUGAAGUAUAGACCUGCUUGUGCAUUUCAGCAUUUCACGGAAAAUGAUCGAAUAACAAAUGGCUUACUGUUGACUGACUCUGAUCAAACCUGUAGAAUAAUUAUCACAUUGAACAGCACAAAAUAGACAUUCUACCACAUAUUUAUUAUCACUUUAGCCAUAUCUGUUUGCCAUGUUGAAUUCAAUCAUACAUUUUACCAGCACAGAUGCUUACCUUUUCAUCUAUUACAUUUCUAUUUUUCUCUGUAUUUCAAGGUACAUUGAUUUAUUUGAUCUUUUGGGUUAUUUUCUGAAUGACAGAAAUAAUGAGACUAAUGAUUUAUUUCAUGUAUAUUUGUUGUAUUUUAGUUUUUUUAUGAGAUAUUGAUGUGUGACAUCACGUGAUUGUAUCAACCUGAAUAAAUGCAAAUGAUCUGUAUCAAUAAAAAUACUUAUUUGCAGAUGUUUUAUAA